AUGCAUUGGUUAGUUAUUUUCACCCUCUUGGGCCUUGCCAGCCUGUCAGCUGCGCAUAGUCCUCUACCAAAACUUGCCGGAGGACGGAGACUGCUGUCAGAGCUCAGGGGAAAGAGGAUCUCAGCCAAACAAACUUCCCAGACACGAAUGGCUCAUGUGCUUGAUGAGAUAGUCAGGAUCGACAAAAGGGAUGCCGCUGACACCAAUGACUCAGGCGGCGGCAAGAGUGGGAAAUGUGGUUCAGGUCGUGGCACUUGUGCAGCUGGGUAUUGUUGUUCUGCGGAAGGAUGGUGUGGCCUGGGGAUAGACUACUGCGAGGCACCGGAUUGCCAGAUCAAUUAUGGUCCAGGUUGCGACGCGAAUCAAAAGCCGAGUGGGGUUGAUACUUCCUCUAUUGCAAGGAAAAGAGUCGGAAAUGUAGAAUAUGGAGGACUUGGAAUUUACGAUUGCGUCAAUGAGGGUGACAUUGCAAUGACCUUCGAUGAUGGCCCCUGGAACUACACCAGCGACCUCCUGGAUAAACUCAAGGACUAUGGGGCAAAAGCCACUUUCUUCAUCACGGGUAACAACAUUGGGAAAGGUCCUAUCAAUGACCCUGACUUGCCGUGGAAGGCUGUCAUUCAGCGAAUGGCCGCCGAGGGCCACCAAGUCGCGAGUCACACUUGGUCGCACCAGAAUUUCAGCGAACUGACAACAACUCAAGCUCAAAACCAGAUGAUCUGGAAUGAGAUUGCGCUGAACGAUAUUUUGGGGUACAUCCCAACUUACAUGAGGCCUCCAUUUUCCAUUUGUGAAGAUGAAUGCGAGUCCAUGCUGUAUGAUCUAGGCUACCAUGUCAUCUAUUUCGAUCUAGACACAGAGGGUUAUUUAAAUGACGACCCAACCCUAAUCCAAGCCAGCAAGGAUAUUUGGGAUGAGAAUGUCGACAACUCGGAUGCGUGUGAUGCCAACUUCCUGCAGAUCGAGCACGACAUCCAUUGGCAGACUGUCUACAAUUUAACAGACUACUUUCUCGAGUCCCUCUUUAGCUACGGCUUCCGCUCUGUAACUGUUGGAGAAUGUCUUGGUGAUCCACCGGCGAACUGGUACAGAGCUGGCAGCUCCUCAGUUCCGGCGUACACUUUCCCGGUGAAAUCUCCUACGGUUUCGCUUGAUUGUGGUGAGGCUGCCAUGGCGAAACGAACGACUGUUGGACAGGCCGCUGACUCGUCGACAGGCGCGAGUCCCACCCCAACCGGAGGCGCAGUCGUCAGUGAAGACGGAGACUGCGGCAAUGGCAUCACUUGUGUAGGCUCUGAAUUCGGCAACUGCUGUUCGCAAUACGGCUACUGUGGAAACACCACCGAUUACUGCGACCAAGGCUGCCAGCCUGCUUGGGGUUCUGGAUGUCUAAGUAGUUCUUCGUCUGCUCCUAGUACUAGCGCGCCUACUUCUACUAGUAAGAGCACCUCUGUGACUACCACAUCACCCUCUACCACAAGCACGACUACCAAAUCACCCUCUACCACAAGCACGACUACCACUAAGACGACGUCGGCCACUUCUUCGUCGACUACUGUUACUGUCCCAAGCACGACCAGCACUCGGACGACUUCUACCACUAAGACCAGCACAUCUUCGUCCACCUCCACAUCAAGGUCCACCUCCAGGUCGACUUCCACUUCCACAUCUCGUUCUACCACGAGGACUAGCACUACAACUGCUACCAGCCCAACACCAACGAUUCUAGUUCCAAGUGAGGACGGAACCUGUGGUCCUGGAACCGGAUAUACUUGUCGUAGUAGCAAAUUCGGCCUUUGCUGUACUCUAGACGGUCAAUGCGCGUUGCUCUGCCUACUGACCGGAUGCCAGCCCGAUUAUGGAACAUGUGCGGUCUUGGUCGGGCCUGGUGGUGGUGAAGAAGCCGGCGAGACGUGAUCGACACAUUAGAAAAGAAGAAAAGCGUGCUAAAAUGUUGGGGUUGUUAUUGAGAAAUUUGAGAAUUGCAUACAUACUAAAAGUAAUGUUUCAAGUAAGAUAAAAUCCAUCUUGUCAAGUGGCGCGUUUCAAAAUUCGUGGAGAGACUGUCUAAUUCCCACACACCUGUCCAUCUUUCAAGUCGAAUAAAUCUUACCGAAGUUCGUGAAACUUUGAUGCCAGUGCCCUUAGAGACAUUACUAGUAACAACGACAUGAAAGGUAACCUCCGGCAUGCUUUAUUUGGCAACGGUGGACUUAUGCAGUGGUCUUGUAAUAUAUAAGCUUACCCCUUUCAUUCGCGAUCGCGUCAGAUUCGAUGUAUAGCUCCGAGUGUUUCG